GCGAGCCGAUUGCAAUGAGCAUACGGCACGUGUUUGAAUCAAAUCUAUCAGAUUGUAAUUAUUAAUUUUAGAAAUAUGCUAUAAACUUUGCUUUGAUGGUGAAAAUUUCUAAUAAAAGGCAGCCGUGGACACCCGGAUAAUGACGGAUAAGCCAAUUUAUACGCUCUCAAAUAUGACUUUAAUAGGUCUUGUUAUCGUGACAGCUGUAACGUUCUUCUCAUGGUAUUACCGCAAAUAUCGCAAUGUUCCCCCUGGACCACUGGGGCUUCCGUUUGUGGGAUAUGGGCCGUUCCUAACUUCCGAUCCACCGGCAAAGCUGUUAAAACUGAAAAAGCGCUACGGCAAAGUGAUGAGCAUGAGCUUCGGACCACAACUGACCAUCGUGCUCAAUGAUUACGAAGCGGUCAAGGAAGCCUUCAUUAAACAAGGAGAUCUUUUCACUGGCCGUCCGUCAACGUUUAUGCUUGACCUUUUGGUCGAGAAAUUCCGUGAUGGGCGACCACACGGGAUCGGAGCGCUGGAGGGGAACGAAUGGAAGCAGACUCGGCGAUUCAUUCUCCAAACUCUACGAAAUUUAGGAAUGGGAAAGAACGCCAUAGAGAAUCGGAUUCUGGAAGAGGCCGAACACUUGUCCGUCAUAUUCCGGGAAAAUGUUGGCAAGCCCUUUAACGCCACCGAUGCUCUCCACGCCGCCGCGGGGAAUGUGGUCAGUACAUUGUGCUUCGGUCAGCGUUUCGAUUAUGACGACGAACAAUUCAACGCCAUUCUGCACCAACUACGAACCUUUGCUCUCCUUCUGGCACAAGCGGGACCUCUACAAUCUUAUCCCAUGUCACGGUUUAUUCCCGGACCACUGGCACGCACCUACGCCAUGUGGAUAGCCAUGAAAAAGAAACUUGCAGAUUUCAUUACUACCCAAAUGGAAAACAUAUGCUGUGUACGCAAAGAUGGUAAAGAGAGUGUCGUACCCAGUUUCGUGGAUUCGUUCUGGGAUGAACAGGAGCGGCUGAAAGCAACGGGAAAUCAGCAUGCUGAGCGGGGUAAAAUUUUUCAGGACCUGGAUCUGCAAAUGAAUGUGCAAGAUUUAUUUGGGGCCGGAACAGAAACAACCGCAACCACGCUAAACUGGGCAUUCUUGUUUUUGCUGCAUAAUCCCGACAUUCAGGCUAGAGUUCAUAAAGAAAUCGACGAUCAAGUGGGACGAGAACAAGCCAUUACAUUCGAGGAUAGAAGCAGAUUGCCGUACGUGGAGGCGGUAUGCCGCGAAACGCAGCGAAUGGGCAACGUCGUACCGUUCGGUUUAAUGCGCUGCAACAUGGAAGAAACGGAACUGCUCGGUUACCGCAUUCCGGAUCGCUGCUAUGUUAUGGUCAACUACAAAGCGGUCAACAUGGACCCGACGUUGUGGGCGGAGCCGGAAAAGUUUCGACCGGAGCGAUUUAUCAGUUCAGAGGGACAACUUGAGGAACCACCCUAUUUUAUGCCCUUUGCCAUUGGUAAACGGAGUUGCGUGGGAGAAUCUCUGGCGCGAAUGGAGAUUUUCUUGUUUUUCGCUAAUAUCCGGCAGCGUUUUGAAUUAAAACCCGCUAAGGGUCAAACACUACCACCUGUGAACAAAUAUGAAACGGGAAUUUCAUCUCGACCAGUUUCCUUCGAGAUGGACAUUCGUCAGCGAAAUUAGGACUUUGAGUAUAGCACUCCAUACUGUGGCUCGAUUUUAGCCAGGUAUUUACAAAAAUCUUUGAUAAUUUGCUUGAGAUUGUUUUUGUUGUUAUCUUUGUCUUUGUUGUACGAGAACUGUAACGAGGGUUUUUUCGUGUACCGCUACUACAGUACAGUAAAACCUCUGCUUC